AUGCUUGAGGUGCUCCUAACGGCAGUGCCAGCUCUUUGCUGGCUCCUUUGUCGUGUUGUCCAGCUUCUCCAGCAACCGCUGGAAACGCUCUUUCAGAAGUUGAACAUCGACAUCCCCCACGCUCCUCAAGUGACCGUCGACUGUCUUGGCCGCAAUGAUGUCGUACUCCAUUGGGACCUGGAAAGUGCACCUGACGAAAGUAUUUACUACGUGGUGCUUGUGAACGGACGAGAAGCCGCUACCUUAGCGGGUAGGUCCAUCAAGGUGUGUGGCCUUGAGCUGGGGAAGAUGUACCAGCUCCGGGUGUUGGCGGUGAACGCCACGAGCAAUUUCCGGGCCCAGAGUAUGGCAAUCUUUGUCACGACCAAGGGGCUGCUUGAGGGGGUCGAGUGGGAAAUGCGUUCGACGUUGGUGAACAAGACAGAGGGAGGAGAGGUUGCCAAGGACUUGAUUGCGGUGGAGGAGGUGGAGAAGAUUGAGGACUUUGGUAUUCUUCAUAACCAGUUGGUGGCGUACCAGCUGGAGCUCCAGAGAGUGAUUGCAGAUAUGGCGGCAUUCAAUGGGUCGCAGCAAGCAGAAAUGCUGGAGCUUGCAAAGAGCUACGACGAGUACAAGGAAAUGUUGAGCGAAGAGCACGAAAUUCGAGGGAAGAAGGACCUGGAUGUGAAGACUCUCGAGAAGAAAAAGGAUACCUUGACGUUCGAGAAGCUUAAGCUCUCGAAACAGCUUCGCAAUCAACAUUCGCAUAAAACCAUUCACGAGUCAAGCUUGGCAGAGUUGAAGUCUCGUGUGGCAAAAUUGGAGGAAAAAAAGCAUCACGUUUUGAACACGGCGAGCCUGGAAAAGUCUCGUGUGGACGCUCAGGUCGACCGGCUCCAUGGAGAAAUCGCCGAGUUGAAGAGUCAGUUGAUCAGUUUAGAGAGCCAGUCGAAACAGCUCAAUAUCGAGAAAAAAGAGUUGGCGCAUGUGGCGAGUAAUUUGAGGCCGUUGGUGGAGCAGUUCACUGUGUUCAACUCUCAGCCUGCCGCUCCGGGUGGUGACCUGUCGCCAAACGGGUCUCUGACCAGCUUGAACUCGGCUUCAUUUGAAGUAUUCACUCGUGACUCGCUAUUGAAUAAAGGGGGUGCUGAGCUUUUGCGGAAACUCACUGUUUUAAGACCAGAAUGGGAGGCAGAGAUCAACAAAGAAUUUGAGUUGCUCACCUCUCUUGAACUGCUGUGGAAGUCUGCCUACAGGGCAGCCAUCCGGAAAUUUGUACUGCUACACAACAGUGUCGAACAGGCUCGUGCUGCUGCCAAUCCAGGGUAUCAGCCACAGAAGUUGACCGAGUACCAAGCUAGUGUCGAAUUUGGCGGCUUCAGCAAUGCUUUGUCCAAACCUCGCAUACCAAAAGUCUACACUUUCAUCGACGAAAACUCAUCUCCAGCGGUCGAGUCUCCAAGAUCUGGUGCCGUUUCACCUCCUCCAGAAAAAGCAACUACUCCCCUAUAUGGUAGGGUAUAUGAAAACUUGCUCGAUAACAAUCUGGGAAGCUUAGGCAUUGACAGCGCAAAUACAACCAACAAAGAAUUUUCAGAAAUUCACCCAUCGAAUAGAGAUACAUUCGAUCAAAAUCCAGUGAAUAGAGAUUACCAGAUGUCCCAGAGCAACAGUCUCAAUGUGCCAUUGAUGUCAUCGACAUCUUCAGUUGGUCGGAACUACAACGGAGGCAUGUCCCAGGCGGCCCUCUCCCAAACGAGCCUUGGUGGUCAGAAUAGCUUAAACCCACACUACAAUGUGCCUCUCGAACCUACGGCAUCUGGGUCUCUGAUCCAUGCCUCGCUUUUAGGUAAUCAACUUAACACGUCUGACAGUCUCCAGGGGUUUCUGUUUCCACUCCAGCCUAGCCUUCUGCAAGGGAUGCAACAUGACACGCACAAUUUGCAGCAUCCCUUGCAAGAUUCGCUUCACGGAGGGUUAAACCAGCAGAGCAACAUGCAACAGAUGCCCUACUUAUCCAGUUUAUCUUACGACGAUCAAAUUUACGGACGGUCACCCACUUCGGAUAAUCCGCCAUACGCUCAACUGCAAGUGUCGUCAAUGUGGAAUACCCACGGCAACACAGGAGGAUCCGGGACAAAUGCUCCAACGAGCAGUUAUAUAGGCAACAUGCAAUAUCCCAAGCAAAUGUCGCUUUCGCCACGCCCUGGAGCCGUGGAGUUGUCUCCCUCACUGUCGAUAUUGCCUCCACAAACCGACCUCUUGGACUCGCUCAUGCUUUCCAACCCGCAGCUUCAGCCCAGUGCCUUGUCGAGCAACUUGUCGCUGAACAUAUGGCUGGAUAGGCUUGGAGCGGGACUUGGCGGCCACAACCGUGCUCUUUCAGGCGGCAACCAUAUAUGGAGACACGAUGUUCAGAGCGGGGGGAUGGCGCCAGACUUCCAGCCUUUCAACGUGGAAAAGAAGAAGGAGCCAGACGCCGAUGACAUUCAGCUGUUAUAG